CUCUCCCCGGCCCCGCCGCUGCCGCAGUCAUGGCUGCUGACGGGGUGGACGAACGCUCGCCUCUGCUGUCAGCAUCCCAUUCGGGAAAUGUCACUCCCACGGCUCCACCGUACUUAAAAGAAAGCAGCCCCAGAGCGGAACUCCCACCUCCAUAUACAGCCAUUGCCAGUCCAGAUGCCAGUGGUAUUCCAGUAAUAAACUGCCGAGUGUGCCAGUCUCUCAUCAAUUUGGAUGGCAAGCUUCACCAGCAUGUGGUUAAGUGCACAGUUUGUAAUGAAGCUACACCAAUCAAAAACCCCCCAACAGGGAAGAAAUAUGUUAGAUGCCCUUGUAAUUGUCUCCUCAUUUGUAAGGACACAUCUCGGCGAAUAGGAUGUCCGAGACCCAACUGUAGACGCAUAAUUAACCUUGGCCCAGUAAUGCUUAUUUCUGAAGAACAACCAGUUCAACCUGCAUUGCCAAUCCAGGCAGAAGGUACAAGAGUAAUAUGUGGGCACUGUGGAAACACAUUCCUGUGGAUGGAACUGAGGUUCAACACUCUGGCAAAAUGCCCACACUGCAAAAAAAUUUCUUCAGUGGGUAGUGCACUUCCGCGAAGACGCUGCUGUGCAUAUGUUACCAUUGGAAUGAUAUGCAUUUUCAUUGGAGUUGGAUUAACUGUUGGCACCCAAGAUUUUGCAAGGCGAUUUCAUGCAACCUAUGUUUCUUGGGCAAUUGCUUAUCUCUUAGGUUUGAUCUGCCUUAUCCGAGCUUGUUAUUGGGGAGCCAUAAGAGUGAGUUAUCCAGAACACAGUUUUGCAUAAGUUUGUUUAUGAUUCAGUGAUGCAGGUGAGAGUAUCUAGCAGUUCUUGAUAAGCUACUCUGGACAUCUUUAAAUCAUUUAUCCUAAUGGAUUCCAUUCCGGUUUAUGUAUGAAGUUUCAAGACUUUGGGAGUCUUUUAUAAACAAAUGCUCACUGCACUACAUUAUACACAAAUAGUUUGUUUUCCUGCUAGCUUUUCAAGCUCUGAAUAAUAAAGCUAUGUCUUCAUGUUCUUUACAUCUCUUAAAGAUAUUUUUGGAUUUGUCACCAAACAUUACAUACAACAUCACCCUUUCAUUAUUUUUAAAUCAGUUAUUCCAUUACUUGCUGGUCUAUGGGUCUUCCUAAGAAGUGUUCAUAAAUGUUUCUACAAUAGCUUCACGUUUAUACUUACAUUUUUAAUUAAACAUUAUCAAAAUUGCUUGCUUUAAAAUCUAAAUAAUAUGCAUUUUGCUUGAACUGCUUAUGGUAACUUUAACCUAAGAUCAUAGUGACCUUAUUCAGGAAAAAAUAUUGAGUGUACCUUCAAAGACUUGACAUUCUUCUCAGAUAAAAACCAUUUCUAGAUACUGUAUGCUUGUUUUUUGUUGUUUGUAGAAAGAUACAAUAUUUUGGUAGUAAUUUAAAAUACAAGAAUGAAAAUAUUUAUUUGCCCACAGUUGGACAUAAUGUUGGAUAAAUGUUUUUUCUCAAAGAUCACAGGACUUUUGCCUUUCAUUUUUGUCUGUUUUUUUAAUUUACCAAUUAUAAAAGUACUAGUCUAGAUUUAUGAAAUUUGAUGUUAAUUACUGUACGUAUUCCUUUAUAGAGCCUGGAGGAAAUAUUUCACAUAACAUGUUUUGUAAUACUUAACCAUUUAAACAAGGAUAUAUUUACAUUGGGUUGCCCUCUUUUUCAUUAGAUGAUGGUAAAUUUUUCUUAUUGGGAUAAUUAUGGACUACUUACAUGUGAAAGGAGCCUAUGACGUUUUACACUAGCUAAAAUGUUGAGAUUAGAGGUAGUUACUCUUACCAUUCUUCUCAAAUAUAGCUGCUCAGAUAAUUACCCAAUUUAUUCAAGAAAAUAGAUCAAAGACAAAAAGCAACAUAGUUUUCUAAGAAUUCGCUAGGAUUUAAGGAAUCAGCUCUUGCACUGCCCAUCUUUGCAGUUUUGAAAAAGAAAUCGCUUAAUUAAGAAGUAAUGUUCUAAAGCGGUAAUAUAGUAGAAUUAGAUAAUGAGAUGAUUGGAGUAAAUUAAUUGGCUAUUCCAGGGAUAAGAAUAAUAUUUUAAAUUACUUAUGUUCCUCAUUAGUAUAAAAAUGUACUCAUCAGAGAGUUUGGAACAAAAUACAUGUAAACUUCAAAGAGUAAAUGAUAAAUGUAUAAAUGCAGUAGCUCAGGAUUAUAUGUACCUUUGAAAAUACACU